AUGGACGACGCCAAUAAUCCCAAAGGAUGGACCGAACGUGAGAUCCUAUCCAGCCUCUUGUAUCUCAUCCAAAAGGACAACAUCACUCUCGACUGGGAUGAUGGUCUCUACGCUCCCGAACGCACUGCCAGUGGCUUCAAGCAGAAGACCAAUAAGCUCAUCAGGGCGUUCAGGCCAGAGUGGGAUGCCAUGGCAUCUGGUGCACCCGUCCCUCAGGCAACUCCCAAGAAGGCACCUGCUACCCCUCGCAAGCGCAAGCCCAACAAGACCGAUCAGGAGGACGGCGAGGAUACCCCCACGAGUAUCAAGAAGUCGCGUGGCCGGCCGAGCAAGAAGGUUGCUACGCCCAAGAGCGAGGAUGACGAGGCGGACUUGGACGUCAAGGCUGAACCAAAGGAGGAGGAAAACCAGAUCGAUAACAUCGAUGUGGAAGUUUGA